UUUUUGUCCCCCUUGGAUGCGCGUGGGGGUUUUCGUCAGGGGAAUCCAGUUUUGAUUUCUCAGUUUUUCUUUGAGCGGACUUCUUAUAACUUGGACUUCUGUAGUUGCGUUAUACUUACCUUAUGUGAUAAUUGUGUUUCUGGCGUUGUGGUAGCUCUUUUGUAAAUCAUAAUGCCGACAAAACGUGCUUUGGAUUUUAUUCAUUCUAAAGAUCCGUUGCAAUAUCCUGAUAAGAAGGCAUCUAAACCUUUGAUGGAAAAAAGAAGACGUGCAAGAAUUAAUCACAGUUUAGCCCAGUUAAAAUCUCUAAUCAUUGAUCCGAACACAACUGAAAAAUCAAGACAAUCAAAGCUUGAGAAAGCUGACAUUUUAGAAUUAACAGUUCGCCAUUUACACGAAAUAAAACGACGUCAAAGGACAGUAAGCUUAUUGGAAGGCCGCAAUCCUAGACGAAAGUUCGAAAUUGGUUACACAGAAUGCGCACGUGAAGUUGAUCUCUUUUUAUCUAGUCUGGUUGAUUCAACAGUUAACUCAGAAUUACACAGACGACUCACGCAACAUCUAAGUCGUCGACUACAUGAUUUGAAAAAUAUCGAACCCAUCAAAGAAACCGUCAACACGUGCGAGACUGAAGAAUCAUCGAUAUCAUCUUCUUCCCACACCAAGAACUCAGAAAACCAAACGGUGCUUCCAGAACAUUACCCUCCAUCUGAACCAGGUAUUCAAGCAAAAACACCCGAAAAAGAAAAUUUCUAUAAACAUUAUACAAGUGAGUGUGAUACAACUGCUACCAAUUUGUCAACUUCAUUAUCAUCCUCAAAUAAUAUAAACUUAUUAAAAGAACAAAGUACGGGACAUAGCCAAGUUUCAAGUUCUUCAGCGGAAUCAAUAACAUUCGAUGAAUCGAAUGGUUACCGUUCAACUUCAUCGUCACCGAAUGUAUUUGAGCCAAAAGAAUUGCCAAGAAUGAUUGAGGCAUGCGAUCCUUUCGAUGGGCAUCCUAAAACACCAAUUGAAACCAUUGUCAGCAGCGAGUUGGCGUUACGUGAGAAAAUGCACCAGAAUUUUAAGCAGAUACCUCUAGUUCCGAAACAUUUGCCAAAUGGCGAAUGGGCGUUAGUCUUACCGCAUGAUAUGACAGAAAACGAAGUUCAAAACUUCAGUGCUUUCAAAUUGGUUUUGCCUUCUGCCUUUCCUGAUCUAGAGCAGGAGAGACUUCAGCCUGAACCACUCAAUAUGUCUAACACAUCAAACUCAGAAAACGAAAUGAACUCAGACCAAUAUUUUUCACGAACAUAUGGUGAACCGUCGAAUAAUUUUAGAUUCAGAGAAAAUUUUGAUUGUAAUUUAAAUUCUCAAUGCGUUUGGAGGCCAUGGUGACUCUUUAAGACAGGCGAUUUAAUUUGAAAUAUUGAUUGAGAUUCUGUUUCUUUUGAAUCGAUUGUUUUCGUGUGGUGUGUAGAUGUCGAUGCAUUUUUGUUGACACUGUGAUCGUUUUUGCAAACCAGAUUUCCGUCGUGCUCCAAUUUCAUCUUUCACCUUGUCAGCAAGCUGAAUUACCUUUUAGUUAAAAUUUCAAAAUGAGGGAACACUUGGCAAACACUGAGUGCGAUUCAGACAAUGCAUAGAAUGUGACUAGAUUCCGGAGAUCGACAUUCAGGAGAUCGACAGUUUGAUGUGCGAUAAGAAGGGAAGAAUGCCUAAAUUCUUACUCAACAUUCUUCUUCUUCAGUUUUGAAAUGUUGAUCAGAGUUUUAUCACUUUAUCAAUGUUUCAAAUCUUUUCAUACGUCAAUAUUUCUUGUGAUUCCAACAGAUAUAAAGUCAACAUAUUCCGACUUUAAAUGAUUCUGCUCCGAAACGAGGUGGAAAAUGAGAUUUAACGUUUUUUCAAGAACGUUGCGGAGAGCUAGUAGGAUAAGAGUAUACAAAAACUGUCGUAGCGUAUUUAAAAAUGCAUCAGUCAAUGUGCAGCAAAAUCGACAAACCUUUGAAAUGAUGUAAAUAUUAC